ACUUCUGCUGCUCAGAGCCCACAGAGCUCAAAUCCAAACCAGUUCUGGGUCCCCCCUCUUCUAAGCCAGCUGGUCUGGCUUAACAUCUCUGCUUACAUUUACGUCUUCCUUUUAUUUUUUGUUUUCUAAUUAAUCCUGUCUUGUUUGAUACAAGGGAUUGAAACCCACAGCUGGAGCUGCUGGGAAACCUUCCAGGUGAAGACAAAGAGCAGGUGCUCGCGGACAGCUUGAGCAGCGCGUGCUCCGAGAGGAGACGGACGGAUGGACUGACCCGCUGGACGAACACACGGACGGAGACAUGCAGGACUGAAGGUGGAGAAGCCAGCCAGCAGUUUGGGAUUGAGAAGUGAAAAUAACGCAAAGACCUGGAAGUUAAUUGAAGAAGCCAGAAGAGACUUGUGAUAAAGGAGAGAAGAAGAGGAACAGGAAAAAUAGCAAAGAUGGGGAGGAAAAAGAUUCAGAUAGCUCGGAUUAUGGAUGAACGGAAUAGACACGUGACAUUCACGAAGCGUAAGUUUGGCCUAAUGAAGAAAGCAUAUGAGCUGAGCGUGCUGUGCGACUGCGAGAUCGCCCUCAUCAUCUUCAACAGCACCAACAAGCUGUUUCAGUACGCCAGCACCGACAUGGACAAAGUUCUGCUCAAAUACACCGAAUACAAUGAGCCGCAUGAGAGCCGGACUAACUCUGACAUCGUGGACACGCUGCGUAAGAAGGGUUUAAACGGCUGCGACAGCCCUGACAUCGAGGCCGACGACUCUGCUGGCCAGAGCCCAGAGUCAGACGACAAAUACCGCAAAAUCAACGAAGACAUCGACCUGAUGAUCAACAGACAGAGAAUCUGUGGUCUGCCUCCAUCCAGCUACGACAUGGGAGUGUCCCUCCCCGGCAGCAACCCUGGUGGGCUGCUGUACUCCCACCAGGGCAUGGGGGGUGGUCUGGGUAACCACAACCUGCUGCCCAUCUCACACUCCUCCCUGCAGAGAAACAGCCUGUCCCCACAGCGGCCUUCCAGCACUGGGAAUGCAGGUCUGAUGGGUUCAGAUUUGCACGACACUGUUGUCUCCAAUGUUGGAAAUGGCAGCUACAACCACUGCAGCUCCCCCGGCCUGCUGUCUCCAGCAGGAGUUUCCAAGAACAUGCAGGACAAGAGUCCUCCUUCGAUGAGCAUGAGCCGCAAACCAGACCUGCGAACACUGAUGCCGCCCUCCAACAAGUGCAACAACAUGCCAACUGUUUGUGAGGACUUUGACCUCAUGUUGAACCAGAGAAUAAAUCACUCCCAGACCGCUCAGACGCUGUCCACUCCUGCAGUCUCCCUCUCUGCUGCCACGCUGCCUGGUCAGGGGAUGGGCGGGUAUCCGUCUGCACUCUCCUCCUCUUACGGCACAGAGUUCUCCCUUGGCACCGACCUGUCCUCUCUGUCUGGGUUUGGAGGUUCUGGUCUUGGAUCAAUGACAAACUGGCAGCAGCAGCAGAUACAGAAUCUACAGCAUUCGGCACUUGGACACAUGGGGAACUUGUGCCAGAACUCAAAUCUCAACCUACCUUCCAGCCAUCAGAACCUCCACAUCAAGUCUGAGCCAGCAUCCCCUCCCAGAGACCGGUGUGUCGGCAUGAUGGGUGCAGGAUACUCCAGCGGCGGCAGGGGUCCCCAUGAACCGGGCCGCUCCCCCGGCGACAGUGCGUCCAGCUGUGGGAGCUCAUACGAAGGCAGCGAGGACCGCGACGAUCAUCACGGGAACGACAGCUUCCUUCUCCGACCUUUGCCUAAUCAGGAGGAGCGCCACAGCCCAUCGGUCAAACGGAUGAGGUUAUCGGAGGGUUGGGCGACAUGAUGGGAGCCGGUCUGCAACCAGAAGGGAGGGAAAUGUUAGUAAAGUUACCUUAUAGUGUUAUUAUUAUUAAUAAUAUCAUAUUCUUGUACUGAGUGGGUGUGCUAUAUGUGUAAUGGUAACAUGUAAAUUGGGAGGGGGGGCUGUUUUUUAUGGAUACAGUGAUGCUCUGCUGUAUUUACAUGUACUGUAGGUAGACUUCACACUAGAGGAACGAUUUUUGGAGAUCAGUGCAGAUCAGUACAAAUGUACAAAACUUGUAAGAAAUUUGUUCUAAAGUUUGGCUUAUGUGUCAAAAAAUUGUCAGUUAACAGGUAGAUUUGGGAGCGUUAUCUUGUCAUGGUGUGAUCAACAGGCAGUCAAGAAAUAACUGUCAGUCACAAAGUACAAUUUAAAUAGAAAUUGUAGUGUAUGUCACUAAACAUCCUGAACUAAAAUGGAAAGAUAAAUAAGAAUCUCUCAGCAGAUUACAGAUUCUAUGGCAACCAAAGCUGAAAAAUGAGUGCUGUAAUAAUCAGUCAAUCAGCAAAUAUUUUUAUAAUCAGUUUGUAUUUUUUAACAAAAAAAAAUCUAAAUUCAUUGAUUCCAGCUUCUUAAAUUUCAAAGCAAGCUGCAAGUUGUCAUACUACCAGAGCUAAAUUCCUAAAAUAUUCAAAUGUUUUCACAUGAAAAUUGCUUAAAACUUCAAUCAGACAGCUGCUGACUAAUUCUCUGACAAUUAAAUUAAUUGAUUAUUUGUUCAGGUCAAAAUUGUCAAACUGUUGCAGUUGACGGGUCUUUUUUUUUAAGUUAUUAAAUUCUUAUAAGCUUAGUUCAUAAGUAGCUUGAUCUGUUUGAUAAAUGCAGUGGAGUAAAAAGUCAAAUGUGAAAAUGAAAUUAUCUGCAAAAACCAUCACAUUCAGAUUUUUCAUUUAAAGCUCCUCCUUUGUGUUGAGUGUUUUGAUCCAUGAGCGAAGUUUUAGACGAUUUCUUACAAGUUUUCCACAAACACUACCUGUCCAGGAUCAGAUUGGCAUGUACUGAAGCGGCUGGAGGGUUCAUCGGUGUACAUGUAUUUGCUUGUUUUAUCUGUGUGUGUGUGUUGGGGGAGGGAAUAUGAGUAAAUAACACGUAUGUAAAACGCACAUUCGCUUAUGUGCACAUGUAUGCAAACUAACAAAAAAGGUGAAAGUGAAGAAGUCUGGUACUCUGAACGAUGAAGCUACUGGUGAGUUUAUUGUCAUGUGAGAGCAGUCCACUGCUCCACAUGCAGCGUUGCAGGUUCAACAUGUGUGCACAUAGAGACACACUGAAACACGGAAAUCAAGUGUGGCAAAUGGAACAGUUGGGAAAAGAGAGUCUGAGUAAGUGAUGGAAGAGAAGGCGAUGGAGGAAUUGUGACUGAGGAGGGUUUAGUGUGACUAAAAGGAAAGUGAUCGUGCAACAGUUUGCAUAGAAAAGAAGCUUCAGGCAAAUUUCACUUGAUGUGAAGACGCUUAUCAGAGUUAGUGAAUAAUUUUCAGAACCGAGUUAGAAAAAGUGAGAAUUGCGGUGAAUACAAUCCAGAUACACAAAACUGUAGAAGCAAAAAAGCUGCGAGGAUUCAAUCUUAAAAGAAACUGAGUUGUUAAAAUUUCCUACUACUAAUAAUUUCAUUUUUGGAAAUCUUGUUUUUAAAUUCACAAAAUUUCAACAGGAGUUUUUCUUAAUUGAAAAAACAAAUGAAACCACCUAUAGCAGGAGUGUCAAACUCAUCUUAGUUUAGGGGCCACAUUCAGCCCAAUUUCAUCUCAAGUGGGCCGGACCAGUAAAAUCACAGCAUAAUGACCUACAAAUAACAACAACUCCAUAUUUUUACUUUGUUUUAGUGCAAAAAAGUACAUUCUGAAAAUAUUUGCAUUUAAUCAGCUAUCUUUUUACACAACACUAUGAACUGAAAAUAACUUCACUUUUAACAGCAUUAUGCUUCAGUUUAUCAUUUACACAUGACAACUUAUAGAUCAGAGAGUAUCUACAAAGGCAUAAAGCAUUUAGUCACAGGUAUCUGCAACUGAACGAUAUAGUAUUUUACUUUAAAAAAGACAAAAUCAAGACAAAAAUAAGACAAAAUAUUACAAAAAUGAAAUACAAAAUGACAAAAGUGAGAAACAAAAUGACAAAAAAUUAGACAAAAAAUGUACAAAGCAACAAAAAAAAUGAACAAGCGACACAAGACAAAAAAUGACAAAAGCGUGAAACAAAAUUACAAAAACAAUGCACAAAACAAUGAAUAAACCGAAACACAAAAUGACUAAAAUGAGACAAAAAACACAAGCAAGACAAAAAGCAAACACAAAAAUGAGAAAUAAAAUGACAAAAACGUGAGACAAAUGAUAAAAGUCAGACAAAAAAAGACAAAAACGAGACAAAAUAUUACAAAAAAUGAGAAAAUGACAAAACAAUGAACAGUGCAGUAUUUUGCGUUAUGAUCAAAACAACGUGUCAUGGUCUAGAAAUUAUUUUAAAAUGAUUGAUUUACAAAUUGUUGUUAAUGCGAUCUCUGUAAUUUUUCCACUUUACAAAAUUGUCCACGAUCCGGAUUGGACCCUCUGGCUGGCUGGUUUUGGCCCAUGGUCCACAUGUUUGACACCCCUGACCUAUAGUCACAUCAUUUUCGUUCAGAUGGGUAUAUUCUAACAUUAAGUAUUCUGUAGUGGCUACAUUUCACAACUUGGUUUCCAGAUGAUUUAAAACAUAGAGUUUGGCCUUUAUGUGCUUCCAUACAACAAAGUGGAGUGAUGAAGACGUCCUUGUUAUGCACAGACUCAUUUAUCUUGUGCUGAUAGUUUGUAGGAUUUUUCAGAUCAGAGUGAGGAUCCUAAAAGCCAUAAACUGAUGGGACGGUGAUGCUUUGCUGCACAAAGUUCAUAGUGUCGUGUUUUUCAGACUGAACUUUAGUCCUUCCUUCUUUGUUAUAUCAAAUCGAUAUAUUUGGAUGUCUGCAAUUCUAUUUAUUAACAGUUCUAUAAAGAGCAGCAUUCAGUUUUCUAUUAGACAUUCAGGGAGAUUUUACAUUCAGCUCAAUGUUAGAGAUUAAAUUCCCUUUUAUAGCCUGUCUGCUGUUCAGCUGGUGUCGGACGCAACAUGAUCUCACAGCAACAGUCUCUCCAAGCACAGCCUCACUCAUCAAAUACAUUUGCAGUGGUGGAACAAGUAGUCGUUUACUAAAGCUGCAAUGUCCUGCAUUUAAAAUCCUGCUGAAGUAUUUUCAGCAAAAUGUACUUUAAAGUAAUCAGAGUGCAGUAAAAUAGUAGUAACAGUAGGACCAUAUUUUGUGCACAUUUUAAAACAUCAAUAGAAGAAGUAAAUGGAAAAUACAGGAUUUUUAAAAAGUUCAUUUAUUAUUUAGUGCCAGCCAACACUGCACACGCAAAUGUUAGCUGUAGUACCUGGCUACAUCACCAGAUGGAGCAGUGGUGUCUUAUGUGGUAAUGCUCCAUCUUGUUUUAAAUCUAUUACAGGGUAAAUAUUGAACUGAAACUCUAAAGAAAAAUGUCAAAUCAGAUCUCAAUAUCUGUCAAAAAAUGUGAUGUUUUCCCCAAAUCAUUCCACCCUAAUUUGUAGGCACCUGAAACACAGCACUACACAAAAAGGCCAAAUGAUUUUAUUUUGCAAGUUAAUUAUACAUGUUCUAAAGUAACAGCUGUUAAACAAUUGUAAAUAAAUAAAAAGGAGAAUAUUUGAAAACUUUUAGCAUGUUUAGCUCAAAAUCCUAAUGGUUGGGAAGCCCUGGUUUAAUCUUAAUUUUAUAAUUGAAGGUGCAAAACGAUACAAAUACCUUCAAACUACUUGAGUAAAUGUACUUUCCACCACUGCAUAUGUGUGGACAUGACUCCGUUUGUGAAUCAUUUGUCAGCUGUUUCCAACACCAACUGCAGUCAGAGACUGAGCAGACGAGCUGAAGGCCUGCUGAGCAAAAUCCACUUAGUUUUUUGUAAUUUCUGAAGCAGCAGAUGUGGCUGAGGGUUGUUCACAUUUGAAUAUUUUGGUUUUAAAACUGUAUAUUUGGAGCUUGAACCCUUGACCACUGUGUGCUGUAAGUAAAUUCAGAUCCCUGUAGCUGCUCUAGUGUGAGCGGCCCUGCUGUUUAGUUACAAGGUGUGUUGAGAAGGGCAGAGCCCAGACGUGUUUUCUCCCACGCUCCUUUUCUUUUCAACGAGCUGGUCUUACUGCACCACGCCCGCCUCGUCCACGUAACAAGGCCGACUGAAGGAUGUGAGAGCCAGGAGCUCGUCCUCGGGCGGAGGUGAAGUUCACACAAAAGGGAAGCUGGAGUGUAAACUAACACCGUGUGAAAAACCCUGUUUAUUUGUGUUUUUGGUUUGAUUCUUUAACUAGUAACUGCCUGGGACUUUGUCAAAUCUGUACCUCAAAAGCCCUGAAGUGAAGUUUUAUUUAAUUUUAUUGUUAUUUGGCGACAUCAGUGAAUGUCCUCUGUACUAUAACUGUACACUCGGGGCUGUACUCUCCCCUCUUUAUGCACUAAUGCUUCUAAUAACACCAGUUAGGUAUUCUAAGAGAUUGUUAGCGGCAUAAGCUGGCCUUUGUCGCCACUUGGAGACAAUGAAAACUAAAUCAAGUGCACCUCUGUUGUCGCAGAUUAUGUACAGCAAUCCCUCACUCAGAAACGUGGUAGUAUUUGUAUUUUGCAGAAAAAAAUAUACAUAAAGGCUCUGUUACAAAUGUC